AUGCAUUCUGGAAGUCAGAGCACAAGCACGGAGCCAAAGCUCAUUCAGAGACCCAGACGCAAACCACGUCCGGAAUGGGUCAAGGGUAAUGCAAGCCCUCGGAAAUUCGGGCAAAAUGCCGCACACAAGGUUGAGAAAAGUCACAAAGACCCCAACCACCUCACCUCUAAGUCGUAUCAGCAGACAACAGAUCGGAACCUCACCGCCGAGGAUGCGGUCGAGGGCACGGAGGCCUUUCAGACGCGCAUUGCUGAGAUCACCUGCUUCCGCGUCGUCUCGCGCGUUCGGCCGUUCAUAGCGGAGGAGCUGGCGGAGAUGCAGGGUCAGGAGAGGCGCUCCAUCGUGGAGAUGAUCGACGACAAGACGGUGCUGCUCGACCCCAAAGAUAACUGGGCCCCAAAGGCACAGUUCGAGUUUGAUGCCUCCCUCUGGUCGAUCCCGCCCUCGCACAACCUGGUCUAUACGUUUCACGAUACCCGUCGUAAGAGUUACGCGACUCAGAAAGAUGUCUACCAAUACAUCGCAAAGGAUCUCGUCCCACACAUCUUCAAUGGCUUCAACAGCUGCAUCCUGAGCUACGGACAGACAGGUAGCGGGAAGACGUACACGAUGAUGGGGAUCUACGACCCCAAUGAGUCCUGUGGUGGUGAUGGUGAGGAGGGGAUUAUCCCGCGCGUUUCGAACGACCUUUUUAUUCUAUUGAACGAGCGGCAAAAGUUGGAGAUGGAGAAACCGCCACCCAAUCGCUGUCGGUAUCGCGUUGAGGUCACCUUCAUAGAGAUAUACAUGGAGCGCGUGCGGGAUUUGCUCGAUCCCUCACUGCGGAACUCGAAAGGAAAUGAGAAGCUACAGGAUGCGCGGAUCCGCCAGGAUCCGCUCAGUGGCCCCUUCGUGGAGAAUGUUACGAAGUACCAGGUAGAGAACUGGGCCCAGUGCUGCACCCUUCUCGAGCGCGGAUCGCAGCAUCGCACGACGUGCGCGACCGCAGUACACAACCAAUCGAGCCGCAGCCAUGCGAUCUUCCAACUCACCCUGGUGCAGGAGCAAAUCAAGCCGCCCAAGGACCGCUACUCAAAGCCGACGACGGUGACGAGGGCCGGCCGCAUCAACCUCGUCGACCUCGCCGGCUCCGAGCGCGGUGGCUUCCAGGACUACGUGAAGGAGUCGGCCGCGAUUAACACCUCCCUCCUGGCCCUGCGCCGUGUGAUCGACAACCUCACGGAGCGGCAGAACAUCCUGAUUGAGCAGGCCAAGGCGGAGAUCACCGGGGGGUACUUCCAGGAGCGCGUCCUGCCGCAGGUGCCCUUCCGUGACAGCGUCCUCACGUGGCUGCUCAGUGACAGCAUCGGUGGCAACGCGCGGACGACGAUGGUGGCCACGGUCAGCCCCUUAGUGAAGAACUACGGGGACACCCUCGCGACGCUGCAGUGGAGCAGCAAGGCGCGCAACCUCGUGACACUCGUGAAGAUGAACGCCCAGUCGAUGGUCCAGAGCGGCCUCGCCAACCACGCCGGGGAGCUCGGCAACGCCGUCCAGAUGCAGCGCAACAACCUAGACUCUCUCCGGCAAACCCUCCGUGAAAAACAAGAAAAGGCGGAGCGAAUAGAGCAUGAAACGAAUGGAGUUAAAAAGGUGAUGGCGAAAAACAGCCAACUAUUCGAAAAGUUGAAUAAGGAUCGUGCAACCUUUGUAGUUGCUCGUGCGAUCUGUCGCUUGGUGUUUGCACAAAGGUUAAUAUCCCAAAAGAGGUACUAUGGAAAGUUACAUGCCCUACAGAACGACGAAAGCGUCGCGAAGUUCAAGAAGCUUCGAAAUGAAGCUACCGCAAAGGAGGAGGAUGCUAAACGGCGCCUCAAGAAUCUGGAAAAGAAAGUAAGCAGCCUUCUGGCCAAGAUUACAGACCUUGAGCGUGAAAGACCAGAUGUGCUGCACCAGAUCUCUGAACUUACACCUAUCUACGAUGAAAACUGUAGAAGAAUAAAUGGAGAUGCUAUUCUACAGAAGGACAAAGAGGAAAUGCAGUCUGCAGUAAAGAAUGCGAAGAUGCGGCUCGAAGAGGCCAAGCAAUUCGUCGCUGAUCAGUCGAAGCGAGUAGAUAAUGCAAAGGCCAUGAUCAAUGAGAGCAAGAAACCAGGAUGGCUGGACCAGAUCCGGAAGGAUGGCGAAGAAAUACCCGCCUUGUGGGAGAAAUACGAUAAGGUCAAGCAAAGGCAUAAUACCAUCGUGAACCUUCUCCAACAAGUUCGUGUGAAGCACAGAAAGGUGUGUGGGUGA